AUGAAGUUGAUUCUAUCCAGUUCGAAUAUUAUGCAAGCGGGACGGCAAUCCGUCAUUCGCCAGCCUCUGACGCAGAAAUCAAACGUUGAGCUAAUCAACUCGCUCCGAUCGAACUUCCUUGCCUCUCAACAAACCGAAACGUCACCGGCCAACGGCACCGACACCGACACAAAUGGUCGCUCAGCCGUAUCGCAUCCGCCCUCUUGGACCCUACAGACCGAAGAUGGCCUCUAUAUCCCCGCGAUCGACUUCUCACAUCCCGGCCUGUCAGAGGAGCGCGACCAAUACGAUAUCACAGUGAAGCUAUUCUACCUACCGGGGAUUCCGGUGUCAAGGCGUUGCGCACACACCAGGGAGGCAAUUGAUCUGGUAUUGAAGGAGCUACACAUCAAAUCUAUCGAUCUACUGAUUGUCUCGUUCCCGGGGAUCCUGUUCGAUGCAGACGACGACAGUGAAGAAGAAGACAACGAGAUGAGCAAUGGUGAACCGGACGAUUUCGACAGCAUGGUGCAGACAUGGCAGGUGCUGGAGUCGCUGCACGAGCAGGGCGUGAUCUCUCAGCUAGGCGUUGCUGAGUUCGGCAGCGAACGCCUGGCCCGCUUCCUGCCACAUACCAAGGUCAAGCCCUCGGUCGAUCAGAUCAAUCUUAAGGAUUGCUGUGUCGUUCCUAAACAUUUGAUUCUCUAUGCGAAACAAGAGCAGAUUCAACUCCUAACCCAUAACGACUGCCAUGAUAUUCUUCCUGUCGGCACGACGCGGGAACUGCUCGGUCCCGCGGAGAAGAGCGGUGCGGGGAUAUUGGCUUCGUCUCCCGAGGCCAACGACGGCAUCCAGGGAGAUGUCGAGCCGCAGUGGGUGGUCAAGUACACGGCAGUCGUCAAGGAUCGCGGAGUAGUCGAGAACAAGGGGUAUUUCGCGUCGGCUGAUGUCGGCACAUGUCUCAAGGACCGGUCAUGA